CAAAUCAGCCCCUGUCCUCAUUCGGAAUUAUAAAUCGGCCCUCGUUCCCGCUCUCACCUUUUUCCCCAAAUCAAAACCCUAGCUUUCUCUCUCUUCCCCAAAAUUCGCUUCCAAUUCAAUCGAAUUCCACAGAGCGAUUCAGACAAUAUAGAUACAAUAAAUGGAGAGGAUCGUCGGAGAUAAGUACAAAUUAGGUCGCAAAAUCGGUAGCGGAUCGUUUGGUGAAAUUUUUCUUGCUACACAUAUAGACACCUUUGAAAUCGUGGCGGUUAAGAUUGAAAACCAGAAGACGAAGCAUCCGCAAUUGCUUUAUGAGGCCAAGUUGUAUAGUGUUCUUCAAGGAGGAAAUGGUAUUGCGAACAUGAAAUGGUGCGGGGUGAAUGGAGAUGAUAACAUUCUUGUCCUUGACCUUCUUGGACCAAGUCUUGAAGAUCUCUUUGUCUACUGUGGGAGGAAGUUUUCCUUGAAAACAGUCUUAAUGUUGGCUGAGCUAAUGAUUACGAGAAUAGAGUAUGUGCAUGCUAAAGGAUUUUUGCAUAGAGACAUUAAACCAGAUAACUUCCUCAUGGGUCUUGGCAGGAAAGCAAAUGUGGUUUAUAUUAUUGAUUUUGGACUUGCAAAAAGAUUUCGGGACCCCACGACAAAUCGGCAUAUUCCUUACAAAGAGAACAAAAACUUAACAGGGACUGCACGUUAUGCAAGUUGCAAUACUCAUUUGGGAAUUGAACAGAGCCGUCGGGAUGAUUUGGAGUCACUGGGCUAUGUUCUCCUGUACUUUUUAAGAGGAAGCCUUCCUUGGCAGGGUUUAAAGGCUGCCACAAAAAAGCAAAAGUAUGACAAGAUAUGUGAGAAGAAGUUAUCAACUCGUAUUGAGGUCCUUUGCAAGUCGCAUCCUGUGGAGUUUGCAUCAUACUUCCAUUAUUGCCACUCAUUGACAUUUGAUCAGAGGCCUGAUUAUGGAUUCUUGAAGCGCCUGUUUCGUGACUUGUUUAAUCGGGAAGGAUAUGAGUUUGAUAAUGUAUUUGAUUGGACCAUUUUAAAAUACCAGCAGACACAACGGACAAAUAUGCAAGCUCAAUCAUCUCCAGUUACUGGAGCGACAAGUAGUCUAGCAAAGCCUAUGGAUGUGGAUAAGAAUAAAGGAGGCAAGGAUGCUUUUUAUUCAGCCAAGGCUACUGAGCCUAGAGAACCAAGUAAAAACACUCAUCAACAGGUUCAUGUGCAGUUUAGAUCAUCAGAAGCUCAGAAUUUGAGUGCUUCAAAUCUGAAGGAGAAACAUACUGUGAGCAAUGCAGCAAUGGCAUCUACUUCGUCUGCUAUGCCAAGAUCCUUCAAAAGCAAUUUUUCAAAACCUGAUGGGCAGGCAGAAACUGCAUAUGCAGGUCGUGGGCUCGGGAAUGGAACUGGUACUUCAAGCAGCUGGAUGGCAUCAUUGAAACGAAUUUCCUCAACCAAGUAACUGUUAUGGAUCCAAAGGAUAGCAUCAAAGCAUGCACAACAUUGGCAACUACAAUGAAAUUUGGAAUGAUUGAGAUCUUCUGUUGCAAAAUCGAAUGAAGUUUUAAUAUAAGGGGACUACAAAGUACAGACGCAUUGGAUACUGCUAGGACUUGGUCAAAUCAAAGCUUGGCACUCGCCCUCUCAAGUUAAAGCUUGGAUUUUCUGCGUGCAUAGGUGGCAAAAAUGACUAAACCAGUUUCAAAUCAUAUUGUUCAGUGGAUGAUAUGUAGUGUUUAUUCCAUUAUUCUGUUAAUUAGUAGAUCAUAGAAAUUCUUUGAUGUUAUUUGGUUGUUUUGACUAUAAAUUUCAUUCAAUUCAGGAUGAGUUGCUUUCUGUUCUUAUUGCUGUAUCUUUUUUGGAUCAAAGCUCUGGAAGUUCACCUGGAUAAUUUUGAUCUCAGGUUCCCGAAUUUGAGAACUACUGUUGCAUGGUUGUUCAGAUUUAAUAUAUGAGAAGAUGUAAAGGAUGAAUGGGUGAAGUUCAUGGAAUCUUGAUGUCAAAUGGAGAUGGUUUGUAUGAUCCAACUUUUUGUUGGUCUAGGGAUUUUCGGAGCUGUGGUUCUUUAGUGUAGAUAAUUUCAAGGGCUCAACAUACACCAACUCUCUCUCUCUCUAUUAACACCCCCCCCCCCCCCCCCCUCUUUUUUCCUCUUAGUCAAGCUAUAGUUUUUUUUUGGGUGGGGAAGCUACAAGAAGAGGGUAGAUUUGAAUCUAGGUUCUCCCCAUGAGGGAGACAAGGCGUGGCAUUGAUUCACAAAGAACUUGGCACCGAGCACUAGAUCCAAAAUUCCCUAGAGAUACCAGAUCUACACUAGAUAGUUGGUGCUACAUUGCAUUCCACAUAUGAAAGGGUUCCGUUGUUUUUAGGGCUUUGUAGUGGGUCACAUAUUUUCAUUGCUUGUGACUGUGUCUUUACCAUUAUUUCGUCUGGUUUAUUCUUUUUCCCUUAUUUUAUUUUUAUAUUUUUAUAUAAGAGGAUGGAGGCAAAAGAAGGAGGUUGGGGGUUUAACUCUCCGUCCUUGUGUUUCUCAACCAUACACCCUCUUCAAAAUGAUAGAUAGAUUUUUAAGGGAUUAAAACGCACUGGAUUUAUAUUUAUAUAGCGUCUCUAUAUGGUUGCUAGGGAGCAGUUUCUUCA